GGUUUGUCAAUUUGAAAAUGUCACUACGCAAAGUGUAAAAUGAUGUGAUAGUUUUACUUGCCAUUAUUUAUUGAGCAAUGCUAAACAUAUUUUUUUAUAAUAUUUUUUAUGUUUUUUUUAGUCACUAUAAAUAAAAUUACAAAGUAUUGAAAAUGUCGAACAAAGACUACUACGCACGAUGGCUGCAAAUCAAAGAACAGUUUAAACUUGCAUUAUUGGAAGAUGAGCGCAUCCAAGAGUUAGCAAUAAAUUAUGUCGGCGUCAAACCUCAGGGUACGGCAGUGGAAGUAGUCGGUAGAGUAUACUGCAAGUACUGUGAGCUAUACAACCAACUCUGUGACUGCUACGAUCAGAUGGAACAAGCGCAGCGAAGACCAUACAUAAAGAAAAUCAUAGACGGCUUAACAUGUCGUAUUAUCGAGUUAAAAAGAACAUUAGAAGAAGUUGAAGUCUUUGAAUUCACUUAUCCUGACAACGCGUUGCAACAAUUAUUAAUACAACCUCAAGAUAUUGAGAUACUUUGUCCCUUUUUCUAUCCAUUCGAAAUACGACAAGCGGAGAUGCAAUACAUUAUAGAUGAAAUAUUUGCGGGUAAUCGUAUAGGAGACCCGCCAAAAACACAAGAAGUACUUGAUCUUGAGGAGCAAGAAAGAUUAGAACAACUAGAAGAACAAGAAGCUAAAAGAUCCUUUUAUUUUAAAGAAGAAGAAAUAAAAGAAGUUGAUCCCAGACUGUCAGAUCCCAAAUUCGUCAAUGCUAUCAAUAUUCAGAGAAUGGAAAGAUCUCGACUGUGUAUUACAGAAAGAGUGCAUAAAAGGUUUCAAGAUGAAAAUUUAUAUUUGGAAUUAGCAGGGUUAAAAAAGCCUAAAGAACGAGAAGAUAUAAGAAAUGCAGGUGCGUUAAUUAUUCAAAAAGUGUGUAGAAAAUAUAUGGAACUUAAGCGCAUUCAUGCUCGAGAAAAAAAAUUAAAAGAAAAGCUAGGUAUGACUAUUUCUUCGUGGAAACCGCCUUCAGAAAAAAUUCAAUUAGAAAAGGUAAGGGAAGCAAGACGUAAAUAUAGACGAAUGUAUUAUGAACAAUGGGUAAAUGAAAACGUAAAAGAAAAAGCACGAGUUUUAAAACUCAGAGAAGGAGAUGUAUUGGAUGACAUAACUGAUGAAACUAGACAGUGGUUUGUUGAGUGGUUUAGAGCAGAACAUGUAUUUGAUGAAUUUCCUUGGGCUGAAGAAGGCGGAACUAUAUUAGUUGUACGAGGAGAAACAUUCACAGUCGAAGAAUACGUAGAGUGGCGUACAGCUGAAGAAAAAAAAAUGAAAUCGGCAACACCUAAAAGCAAGGAACAAAUCAAAGCUGAAAAACUAGCAGCAAGAGAAGAAAAGAAACGAUUAGCACAAGAAGCUAAAGAUAGAGAGAGAAAAAGAAUCCAUGAUUAUAACAAAUCGCGUAUGAAUCCCGACAAUGACCCUGGUAUCCAUAUUAUGAUUGGUCAACAACACAAGGGUUUAAAAUUUAAUUGGUGUGAUUAUGAAGCUACGUGGGGUGAUAUCGAUAUUCCAACAGCGGGUUUAGAUGCAAUGAAAGGAUAUAUUAUGCGAUUAAUAACAGAAAAUGCUUACAAGGACCUAAAAAUAGAAAUGCGUCCGAUUGCUGAUGAAAUUAUGAGACUGGAGUUAGAAAUAUUAAAAAACGCUCUCAAGACGGAUUAUGCAACUUUAGGCCGCAAGAUGCCUAUGACACAAAAAAGGAAAAAACCAAGAAAACCUAAGGUACCGAAACCUGAAAAAUUGCCUCCAGAGGUUAUAUUCCAGCGAUUGGCUGAUAGUGGUAUUGUAAGGAAAUAUCCUCGUAUGACUCUAGAUGACUACUGGGGUGACAGAAAUUAUGCUGCUGCAGACUGCAGAGCUGUUCUUUGGACCCCGACGUUCCCACCGCCUUGUAUGGGUGACGUCAAAGAACAAGUAAGAAUUCGAUGUCUCCUUACUCUUGGGGCCACAUGUGCUGGUCUACAGAGAACACAGUUGCUCGUAGGCCCUAAAGGUGUCGGCAAAAAAACAUUAGCGUAUGCAAUCGCAACCGAGACUAACUCUCUAUUGAUUGAUCUAUCACCUUUCAAUGUUUUUGAUAAAUUUGUAGGAGGAAAGAAAACUAAAAUUAUGCUCAGUUACGUAAACAAAAUUAGUAGGAUGAUGCAACCUACAGUUAUACUGGUAGAUCAAGCGGAUAAGUUGUUUUACAAAAGGGUGCCAAAAGAAGAAAAAAUGUUUGAUCCGACGCGUCUAUCAAAGGAUUUCUUUAAAGAAAUCGUGAAACCGAUUGGAACAAACGAUAAGAUAUUAGUUAUUGGUACAGCCACAGAACCUUGGCUGGCCAAAAAUAGUACAAUGUUUAAAGUGUUUCCAUCAACUAUAAUGAUACCAAAAACAGACUAUGGGAGUAUUUCUUUAAUAUUGACACAAAUGCUGAUGAAGUUUCAUGGAGUCAACCGUGACUUUAAUGUAUCUUCUUUAUCGCAAGCUCUGAAAGGCUACGACAUUGGCACUAUUCGUACAGUUGUUGAUAAAUUGAUGUCUGGUAAACGUUUGACUGAGCUCUAUUACAAACCUCUUCACCCUAUGGAAAUAUUAUCAGCGGUAUUGAAUUCAGAAAGAGUCCAGAUUAUGGAUACGGGGGACAGCGAAAUGUACAAGGCAUGGUACUUGUCAUAUUCGCCAUGGGGACAGAAGUUUUUGGAUUACAUGCUUAUUCUCGAGAGUCAAUAUAUUAUGAAAUUGAAAAAUGAUAAGAAAAAGAAGAAAAAUCAAUGAGCUGUAAUACAUUUUCUUUUGGUGUUAACAUGGUACGAAUCUUAGCUAGAAUUUUCGCGGUGAAUGAUAAGUUCGCGUAUAGAAUAUUUUUACUUUAAUAAUCAACUUCCUUUUUCACUUUAACUUUCAAUAUAAAUUACUUUCCUUUUUCUAACAAAACAUGAUUAAUACUAUAUAAAUUCAGCAACCACUAAAAUAUUAAGAAAAUACACAAUGCGCGAACUUACCGUCCACCUCUAAAAUUCUGGCUAUGGUUCGUGUCGGGGAUUACUCAUUUUCUUAAUUACACGAUUUUCAAGUUUUCUUUUAAAUUGGCGUUCUUGAUUGUCUUUAUCACAUAAUCAACCCAAGCAGGCAUAUAACCAUUAUUAAACAUUUUCUUAACAUAA